AUGACCUGGCUUACUGGAACCGACGCGGCAUCAAUCGAACUUCAGGACGCGAUUCUUGCCAACAACCUAGUAAAUAUCCGAGGGGCUAAUGACAGUUGGUAUGAAAUUGAUCGACUUAACUUGGAGAUGAAGCGAAUUAUGCGAACGGCAUUAACGGCUAGUUACUGUAUUGAGCUGCAGAAUCAAAUCGACCAUCUCUCUAGACGAUUUUUGAGCUCCAAGCACACCUCUAAGGAGGCAACUUUAGACAUAUUCGGCCUAGCUAUCAGAUUGUGCGAAUUGCGAUCGCUACAGCAAAUGCAGGGCGGCCGUGAUGCAGAUUUUAUCCCCAAGGAUUUGUUCGCUGCAGCCGUCGGCACUCUUAUUAGGAAGAAGGUUGCUUUAUUUAACCAAAAUCAAGUGGCAGAUCCAGCGCUUGAGGAGCCGGCUCACACUCCAAUUUCUAUGUUGGGUCAAUUCACCACCGAUCCAGAUGCUGAUGAUAUUGGCGAUAGGGAUAGUAUAUAA